AUGCCUUCACCACGUUGCACGUGCAUGAAGGCACGCUGUGCAAGGAGGCACCAGCGUGCCUCCGUGCUGGUGCCGUGCCAGCAUGCCUCCGUGCACGAGAAUGGAGGCACGUCGUGCUUCCGUCCUCGUGCACAGAGGCACGCUGUCGCUGCGGACGGAGACACGCUCGUGACUCCGUCCACGUGUACGGAGGCACACUACGUACGGGCACCAACGUGCGUGCCUCCCUACACGCGGACGGAGGCACGCUGUGCCUUCGUCCGCGUGCACGGAGGCACUGGAAGGAGAUUUUUUGAUAACUAUAGGGAAGAGCAGUCGAAGAUUGACGUGGCUUCUGGAUUCUAUGUCCUCUUUGGAUCACGUAAACUUGCUUUUGGGAUGGCAAAAUACCCAAAAUUGAUUUUUGGCAUUGUAGUUUUUAUUUCUCACUAUCUGCUGAAUUUGCACGUUCAGGGACUGAAAUUAAUGUGCUCUACAAGUGAGCCAUUGAAAGUGAUGAUAUCUGGGGCACCAACAUCGGGAAAAGGGACUCCAUGUGAGAUGGCUGAGAAAGGCGAAUUCGACAUUUUAGCUUUCUCCUCUUCCUCUAGCUCGUCUAAUGUCUUGGGCAAACCAUCCGAGACCGGACAAGGCACCGUGUCUGUAUUCUCGGCAGUCGAUUGUUUCAUCUACUCCUUGCAUUCUUUCUUUGCUUUGUGA